UUUAACAACAAUGACCACUGCAGACUGGAACCUUGGAUUCUUACCAUUAAAACCAAGUAUGGACACCCGGGUGCUUAUUUGCCUCCUCUUCUCAGGUGUAUGCUUCACCAGCGCUGGACUCGGUAAAUACAUUGUUGUUGAAGAGAAUAAGACCUGGUAUGAGGCUCAGGAAUACUGCAGGAGCAGAAACUGUGACCUGGCCAGUGUCACAAACAUGGAGGACCUAAAUCAGCUGUCAGAUAUGACAGCAGGUGCAGAGUCAUGGAUAGGACUGAAUGAUUUAAACAGUAAGACCAUGGACUUGUACCCAAACUCGUGGAGAUGGUCCACCCGGACUAGGAGCCGGUCAGGUUAUAUGAAAUUUAGAUCUGGUGAGCCUAAUAAUUAUUCAGGCAGAGAGGAAUGUGUGGAGACUUGGAAUGAUGGUUCCUGGAAUGAUUUAGAUUGUUCUGCUUUGUCUCACUUUGUUUGUUUUUCUGGAUUAUCAAAUAAGAAAACCUACCAUCUCAUCGAGCAGACGCUGUCAUGGGAGUCAGCUAAGAGUUACUGCCGUACUAAUUACACUGACCUCGCCAUGAUAGAGAAUGAAGAAGAGAACCAAAAGGUUUUGUCCAACAUCACUACCCCUGCUUGGAUCGGUCUUUACAGAGCUCCCUGGACGUUUUCUGAUGGGACCAACAGCUCCUUCAGACCCUGGUUGAGCUAUGAGCCCAAUAACGUUAAUAAUGAGGAGUUAUGUGUCACACUCUAUGACGGUGGAUUUAGCGACAGGGAUUGCAAUGCAACAUUCCCAUUUAUCUGCUCAGCUAAAAUAGGUCGGAAAUACAGCAGAAUAAAGAUAAUGAUUGAGUCUAACUUGGACCUGACAAACCACAACAAUAAGGAUCACAUCCUUCUACAACUGUCUGCAUCUCUGACCAGAGCCGGGAGGACUGACUUCAACCUGAGCUGGAGCGCCCCACCCGAAAAUCUAGAUCAAGCGGGCUUGAAUGAUGACAACCAAUGAUGAAUACAUGAAUUAUGAAUACAUUAAUUGAUGUGAUGCAUAAUAAGUUUGUCCACAAGUUGAUGCUGUUUCUUGGAAUGAAACCUUUAUUUUCAUAACUUUUGAUGUGAUUUUACUGCAAGCUAUUUGUGUGUGCCAACUUACUUAGUGCAUAAUAAGCAAGAAUGUUUCAUCCGUGACAACAUGUGAUCUAUAAUCCUCAUACGCCAUGCAUAUUAAAGAUGAGUGUGGCCCAGUUCAUAAAAUCGUAUAUGUUCAAGUUGGUUAAUUAUUAAAUUUAUUUUA